AGUCGUUGGCAUUUUUUGUUGUUGGAAGAACACAACCAGAGAGAAGAACACAACAUCUCUCUCUCUCUCUCUCUCUCUCUCUCUCUCUAAACAGAAGGGACUUCCCAUUUCACCGCUUAGCCUUUGAGGCGAAAUGGGUACGUUCACAAGCUUCAGAAAAGCUUAUGGCGCCCUCAAGGACUCCACCAAGGUUGGCCUUGCAAAGGUCAAUAGCGAAUACAAGGAUUUGGACAUUGCGAUUGUCAAAGCCACCAAUCAUGUAGACCUUCCUCCAAAGGAACGCCAUGUUGUAAAGAUUUAUUCUGCAACGUCCGCGGUACGUCCACGAGCAGAUGUUGCCUACUGCAUCCAUGCACUUGCUCGGAGAUUGGCAAAGACGCGCAGUUGGAUUGUUGCCAUAAAGACUUUGAUAGUUCUUCAUAGAACGUUGAGAGAAGGUGAUCCUACCUUCAGAGAGGAGUUACUAAACUACUCGUACAGAGGGCAUAUUCUCCAAAUCUCCAACUUCAAGGAUGACUCAAGCCCUCUCGCAUGGGAUUGCUCUGCAUGGGUGCGGACAUAUGCACUCUUUUUAGAGGAACGGCUUGAAUGUUUUAGGAUUUUGAAAUACGAUAUUGAGUCAGAGAAGUUGACGAAAACCUCACCGGGAGCAAGCAAGGCACAUAGUAGAACACGCCUAUUGAGUAACGAAGAGUUGUUGGAGCAGCUACCAGCUUUGCAGCAGCUUUUGUUUCGCUUAACGGGUUGCCAGCCAGAAGGAGCAGCUUACCACAAUUAUCUUAUACAAUAUGCCCUGGCUCUGGUACUGAAAGAAAGCUUCAAAAUAUACUGUGCCAUCAAUGAUGGGAUCAUCAAUCUUGUGGACAUGUUUUUUGACAUGUCCAGACAUGACGCAGUUAAAGCUCUUAACAUCUACAAAAGAGCUGGCCAACAGGCCGAAAAUCUUGCUGACUUUUAUGACUUUUGCAAAGGUCUGGAGCUUGCAAGGAACUUCACGUUUCCAACACUGAGACAGCCACCUCCUUCAUUUCUCGCAACGAUGGAAGAGUACAUAAAAGAAGCACCUCAGACUGGUUCUGUUUCAAACAGGAGAUUGGAGUAUCGAGAGACUAGUCAAGAACCAGAGGAGGCUGCAGAACCUGCCCCUGAGGAUGUUGAAAAACAGGUUGAAGAAGUAGAAGACAAAGAACCACUGGUAGAUACCCAAGAGGAACCUGAGCCAAAGGAGGAGAAGGAGGAGGAAGUUCCACCAUCGACAUCCGCCGAAGAAACUGGCGAUCUUUUGGGUUUAUACGAAGUAAACCCAGAAGCUGUUGAAUUAGAAGAGAGCAAUGCACUGGCUCUUGCUAUACUUCCACCUGGUGCUGAUCCUCUAUCAAACAGUCGGGCGUUAACUGAAAUCGGAAAAACUUCAGGAUGGGAGCUAGCUUUGGUCACCACACCUAGCAACAACAGCGGCCACGUGGUGGAAAGCAAACUGGCUGGGGGGUUCGACAAGCUAUUACUCGACAGCUUGUAUGAAGAUGACGCUUCCAGAAGACAAAUACAGCUGCAGAAUGCGGGAUAUAAUACAGGAUACGGACUUGAAAUGACUCCACAUAAUCCAUUUGAUCAACACGACCCUUUUGUAAUGUCAAACAACAUAGCACCGCCGACCAAUGUUCAGAUGGCCAUGAUGGCUCAGCAGCAGCAACAUCAUCAACAACAACAACAACAACAAUAUCAACAAAACAUGAUGACGACGCCGCAGCCUCUAUAUUUACCUCAAUACCCCCAGCAGCAGAUUCAAUACCCAGGUCCUUCUAAUCCAUUCGGAGAUCCGUUUAGCUAUCCGCAGAAUGCAAAUUCACAACAAGGGAACCAUAGCUUACUGUAGAAAUACUGUUUCUGGUCAUUUUUGCGUGUAUUCUUUUAUUCUUUGGUAUAGGUGGAUUCUCGCAGUGAGUUUUCAAAAGUUCAUUCUUUGUUUCUUUUAUUCUUUGGUAUAGGUGGAUUCUCUCGCAGUGAGUUUUCAAAAGUUCAUUCUUUGUCGAUUGUGCAAAUCGUGAAUGUUACCUGUUUUUGUCUUGAGGAAUAGCUACGUUGACUUUGUGCAAAAGGCCACGUUGUUUUGAUCAAUUAAAGGGAAUUGAUUUAACUC